GAAGUUAUGGAGAAGUUGCAACGAUGUUGCCUGUAAAGUUGCGGCCAUUUGAAUUGGAACGCACAAGUUCCUAGGCUACUGCCAUAUCCGCGAAAAGGGCACGAUGUUGUCAACAUUGCUCCUGCUUGGUCUGGUCGUUUCAUGUGAGUCAGACUUCGUUCCAGCUGUGGUCAACGUCAGCUUGGAUGAUCCCCCAGAAGUGCGAUGGGCGCCUCUAUUUAAAGUUUUUGAUGUCGACUACCUGGUGAAAGCAGGUGCUGAAGUGAUUGAUGCCACUGUUCCAAAAUGGGUGCAUCAUGCGGUAACUCCGGUUGUGGAGGCCUUGGAGAAGUAUGUACCUCCUCCAUACGCAGGGGAGAUCAGAGGAAUGGCCUCAUAUUUUCGAGGGAGCCUUUCCGAUGUCAUCCUUCUCAACUUUGCCUAUGAAAUAUCAGCGUUUUGCACUAGUAUUGUAGCUCAGGACACAAGUGGACAUUUGUAUCAUGGCAGGAACCUUGACUACCCACAUGAUAUACUCCGGAAUCUCACCAUCAAUGUUCUCUUUCUCAAAAAUGGAACGGUGGCUUAUCGUGGUACGUCUUUUGCUGGCUAUGUCGGGCUGUGGACCGGACAGAGUCCAAAUAAAUUCACAGUCUCUGGUGACCAGCGUGGUGAAGACCACUGGUGGAAUUGGUGGAAGAACUGGGUCUCUGCUUUCCUGCUGAAAAGAUCUCCAGUCAGCUGGCUGGUGAGAGAGACGUUGGCGGAAGCAGCAGACUUUCAGGAUGCUGUGAUGCGGCUGUCCAAAAUCCCAAUCAUCACAAGUGUGUACUACAUCGUUGCCGGAGUAAAGCCUGGGGAAGGAGUGGUGGUUACCAGGGACAGGAAGGGCCCAGCUGAUAUCUGGCCUCUGGAACCCUUAAAUGGAGGGUGGUUCAGAGUAGAGACCAACUUCGAUCACUGGCUGCCGCCUCCUGCAAAAGAUCAUCGCAGAGAUGCAGCCAACAAAGCAUUAAAUGCAACUGGUCAAGAUAAUAUCAAUAUGGAUACAAUGUAUAAGGUCCUGUCAAUGAACCCAGUAUGUAACAGGAUUACUGUUUUCACAACAACAAUGAGUGCAGCCAGCCCUGAGAAAUACAACACAGAGGUCAGACCAGAGGGCUGUCAUAGCAAUGAAUAAAGCUGAGUCGUGGACCAAAACCAUGAUUAUGUUGUUGUCCAGAAAGGGCAGAGCAGGGAUUUUCUGCAUUAAAAGUGCCUUUUUUAAAUGUUUUAUUCCAUUAGUUAUUUGUCAUGUAUUUUUUUAGGUGAUAAAAUUAAUAUAUUUUUUACCCAAAAUGUUAUUUGGAAAUAUGAAUUAUGAUUAUGUCCACACACUGAGUCUAGUAUUUUAGAGUGGUGAACAUGAUUAUAUUUAAAUAAAGCUAAUUUAAUUUUGAUGAAUUCAUGCAACAUAAAAUGCCUUAUGUGAAUUUAUACAGAUCAUCCACUGUCAAAAUGAAUAAUAAAACUAGUAAUACAAAUCCAA